UGGGGGCGGAAACAGCGCUGUUAUUCAGAAGCCACAUCCUGUUUACGCUCGUAUCUACUGUACUUCAGUGAAAAGGCUCUGGUUGAAGAAGGUGAAGGAGGACCAAGCUGAAAUGCCACCGCCUUCGCUCUAAACACGAUUAACCUGCUGAAAAUAUACGGAACACUUUUCGUGCCCUCAGUUCCUGUCAGCACCAACAACUAUGUCGUGCCGGGACAUCCACGCCACCAACGCUUUUGCCUUCAUCAUUGCCUUCGUGUCUGUGGGAGGGCUUGCUGUGGCAGCGAUAAUCCCACAGUGGCGUAUAACGAGACUUGUCACUUUCAAUCGCAACGCUAAGAAUAUCAGCGUGUAUGAUGGGCUGUGGGCUAAAUGCGUGAAACAGGAUGGCUAUUCAGGAUGCUACUACUAUGAUUCAGAGUGGUACUCUAACGUGGACCAGCUGGAUCUGCGGCUCCUGCAAUUCUGUCUGCCUGCAGGCCUGCUGUUUGGCUCAUUAGCGUUGCUGCUGUGCAUGGCUGGGAUGUGUAAGACCUGUUGCUGCUCAGACAAGCCUGAACCAGACAUAAAAACGAUCAGAUUCCUGGUCAACAGUGCAGGCUGUCACCUGGUGGCCGGGAUGUUCUUGUUCCUGGGUGGAGCUAUCGCCAUCGCACCCUCAGUGUUCUUCCUGUUCCACACUAAGGAGCUGAACAUCAGAUAUGACAACAUUUUCUCUGAUGGGUUUGCUGUAUAUGUAUCAAUAGGCUGCUCUGGAGGACUGAUGCUGGGUGCGCUGCUGAUGUUCAUGUGGUACUGUAUGUGUAAGAAGUUGCCUUCACCCUUCUGGUUGCCCCUGCCCUCCAUGCAAACCUCUUUGUCCACCCAGCCUCUCACUGCUAAUGGAUACCCUCCCUCCCCAGUGUAUGGUCCUCAGCCCUUCCCACCACAGACCUAUCCUCCCACAGUGAUCGACACCCAGCCUUAUGUGCCAUCCCAGGGCUAUGCACAAAGUGUGGUCGCCCCUGCACCAGCACCGUUGUACAUGUCUCAGAUUUCUGCUCCAGAUGGGUAUGGGUCUGAGGUGGGAGUGACCCAGGCCUAUAGCUAUGCUCCCUCACAGAGCUAUGCUCCCUCACAGAGUUAUGCACCCUCGCAAAGCUACGCUCCUUCUCAGGGCUACACAUCCAGCUACGCGGGCCAUCGCUACUCAACCCGCUCACGGAUGUCUGCUAUAGAGAUCGACAUUCCUGUGCUGACACAGGGAGAAUAAGAGAAGAGAGGUUGAAAACCUCAGCACAUUGAAGCCUUUUGUCCUCGAAACUCCAUGAAGUUCACCACUGAUACAACCAAGUUUGAUAGAUGGAAGUAUAGAAUAUGAGAACUAUUUACAGUCUAUAGAGUGAUAGUUUCAAGAAAUCAGACAGUCAGUAUAGGUCUGUAAAUUGCUGAUUAUAGAGAGGCAGUCCAAAAGACCACUGGAGGUACUAUGUGACAGAUGACAUUUUCUUCAAAAAUUAAGAAUACUAAAGCACUGGGGCAAACAACACUGUAAUCAGCUUAGUAUUGUAGAAAGGGAUGAAAAUAAACUUUCACUUGGAGCCCAGAAUACUGAAAGGCACCUCAAGUAGCUAUUUUCAAUAUUUUACUUGAGUAGGAUCACUACGCAAUAGUUCCUUACCUGCUUAAGUGGCCAAUGGACUUACUAGAUAGAAGCAAACAGUCACUAACAUUUGGUAGGUGGCUUUAUAUAAAUUCCCACUCUGACUUUAAAUUAAUGAAGGCUUUAUGUUUACUGCAAAAAUUAGAGCUUUGUGCAAAAUUAUAUUUUUCUACUAUGUUUUUAUCUUGGACACAUAAUUUUCAUAUACAAUUGAUUUGUCCCUGUUGUGUCCACUUUAUGGAGGUUUUCUGUUAUCACUACUGAACAAACACUGACUGUCGUUGACUAAAUUGACAACUACUACCUGACUCACCUGCAUCUUGUAUCUUUUGAAGUCUGUCUGUUUUAACAUGAAUUGUGCCCCGUGAAGAGCAGCUGUUAUAGUUUUUCAUGCACUAAUUAUGUGAAUACUGUGCCAGUUUACAUUGCCUUUGUUCACCAAUUUUGUUUAAAUGUAUGUAUGACCUCUAACAUUAGUUAUCAAUUAUUGCAGCAUGUACCUUUCCUAAGUGUUUAUUUCAAAAAAGAUGACACUAAAUCUGUUAGCUGUGAUAAAUGUAAUGUACAAAUGCAGAUUUUGAUUACUGCGUAGAGUUGCAUUUUUAUUGUGAACUGUAAUGUCAGAAACGGCAGUGACAGGAAUGAGAAUGCUGUUCAUUCGCUCAACAUGUCAGAUUAUGAUCAACUGAGUCAUUGCAAAAAUCAGUUGGGUCACGAGACGAAUGUGGGAAAUGCAAUUUUUUUUUAUUUGUACCAUUAAACUUCUUAAAAACUUAGCUGGAAGU